AUGCGGUCGCUAGCGCAGCCAUGCGGCACGCACCUCGAAAGACUGUAUGGAGAUGUGGCCCCGGCCUCAACAGCCUCAAUCCUGGAAACCAUUCGGGCUGGAAAGUAUGACCAGUCGCUUAUAAACAAGGUCCUGCCGGGGCAGUACCUUUUGCUGGGGCAUCAGGGCCCCAAGAGGCUUGGGUAUGUGGCGGGGGCGCAGUGCUCCCAGCCAAACACCGACCUCAUGCAGUCAGCUUCCUUCCAGCUGCCCCACCGCCGGCCCGGCACCGUCAGCCUUGCGGUCACAGAAAACGAGGAUGAGCAGUACCUGCAGCGCCUCCCCAGCUACUGCAACGUCAGCAUGCUCAUAACGACGGGGCCCGGGCCUGUUCCAAGCCUGGAUGGCCAGAACGUCGUCAUUGGCGAGCUUCUGGAUGGGUUUGAUGUGCUGGCAGCUGUGCAACGUGUGCCCACAUUCUAUCCAAGCAGCAACCGCCGUGCCUUCAACGAGCUGGGCCAGGUUUUCGGAGACAAGAGGGCCAACCUCGCCGCCAAGCGGUGGGGCCGGCCCUUGAAACCCAUCGUGGUGAUGGCAGCUGGCGAGAUCAGGGAGACAUGA